UUUGCCUCGCGAGGUUAAAUCGUCGCAAAAUGCUGCACUCCACAAGUAGAUCGUUGACUCUGAGCCUGCUGGCGAUGGCUUUCGCUAUGUCCACCUCUGCCCAAAAGGAGGGCGGGUCGAAUACGAUUGCGGCACCGGGUGAGCCCCUCUACUACAUGAUGGCGGACCGGGGACCUUUGGUGGCCCCAAACGAGCCUCUGAAACGAUCGAACCGCUCGCUACUCAAGUGGUGGGAUGACCUCUUUCCCCGCAACAACAACUGCUGCAACAACAAUCUGCUGUACCCACCAGCUCCAGCUUCCCCCGCGGCCGCUGUUGCCAACAACUGCAUUGGCCUCCAGCUCGAGGAUCUGGAUCCCUUCAAACAGCUGAAGCUGUUCAAGAAACUCCCCGAUCUCUUCCCCUCCCCCACUCCCUGUGGCCAGUGUGCCGGAGGCUGUGGUCAGUCGCCGCAGCCCCAGAACAGCUAUGUGGCACCUCCGAGUUCUUCCUACGGCGGUGACGGCUAUGGAGGCUUGCCCAACGGAGGGUAUGUCUCACCCAACCCCGAGUACAAUGGUCCCGGAGAUGGCAAUGCGGGCUACGUGGCACCACCUGCUCCUUCAUACGAAGCCGCUGCCCCACCUGCUCCUUCUUACGAAGCUCCUGCGCCACCUGCUCCUUCUUACGAAGCUCCUGCGCCACCUGCUCCUUCUUAUGAAGCUCCAGCGCCACCUGCUCCUAACUAUGACAACACUCCUGCCCCACUAGCUCCCAGCUACGAUCCGCCGGCACCCAGCUACACCCAGCCUGGAAGCACCUCCGAGGUCUAUGGCAAGUCGCCAGAGUACAGCCAAGCCGCACAGCCGAAUUACGUUGGGUCCCCACCGGCACAAAUCGUUUACCAACCCAUAAUCUACCUGUCUACUCCACUGCCAUCGAAAUCGGCCACUCAGGUGGAAUAUAUCAGCCAGACAGUACCAUCACCACAACCGGCUGCCGUUUACGAAGCUCCUCCGCCAUCUGCACCGCCCACGCCCGCCUAUGCCACGCCCGCCUAUGCCACGCCCUCCUGCCAAACGCCCAUCCGCCUGUCCCUGAUGGAUCAGCCGUUCCGAGUGGCCCCGGAACUUUUCGAGGAAUACAACUAUCGCCUGGCCUUGGGCCCCCAAUAUGUCAUGUAGUUUACGAAACGCUGAUGGUUGACCAAUCUGUAAAUAAAAACUUUAUAAUGA